GGCACUCUACCUGGGCAAAGGAUGUUACCUGGAAUCAGAACUAAAUGAUCCAGACUUUACUUAACCCUAAAUGUGCUAUUUUCCAUUUCAAGAUGUCUUUACACUUCUGAUAAAUGCAAACUGACAACUCUCAAGGCCACGACAGGGAAAACCAUUACUGCUUGAAGCCCAGAAGACUGCCCUUAAUGAAGGAAAGUCCCCGAUUGUUGUUUGAGAUGCUGAGGAAGUUACUGCGGAGAAGACUUUUUUCUUAUCCCACGAAAUACUACUUCUUGCUGCUUGUUUUUUCCGUAGUCACCUUCUCUGUUUUAAGAAUUCAUCAAAAGCCUGAAUUUGUAAGCGUUGGACAUUUGGAGCUGGUUGGCGAGAAUCCUAGUAGUGAUAUUAAUUGCACCAAAGUUUUACAGGGUGAUGUCGAUGAAAUCCAAAAGGUAAAGCUUGAGAUUCUAACAGUGAAAUUUAGAAAGCGCCCCCGGUGGACAGCCUACGACUACAUAAACAUGACCAAUGAUUGUACUUCUUUCAUCAAGAGGCGCAAAUAUAUUGUAGAACCCCUUAGUAAAGAAGAGGCAGAGUUUCCAAUAGCAUAUUCUAUAGUCGUUCAUCACAAAAUUGAAAUGCUUGACAGGCUCCUGAGGGCCAUCUACAUGCCACAGAAUUUCUAUUGCAUUCAUGUGGACAGAAAAUCAGAGGAUUCCUUUUUGGCGGCGGUGAUUGGCAUCGCAUCCUGUUUCAGUAAUGUCUUUGUGGCCAGUCAGCUGGAGAGCGUGGUGUACGCCUCAUGGAGUCGCGUUCAGGCUGACCUCAACUGCAUGCAGGACCUCUACAGAAUGAGUGCAGACUGGAAGUACUUGAUCAAUCUUUGUGGUAUGGAUUUUCCUAUUAAAACCAACCUGGAAAUUGUCAGGAAGCUCAAGUCGUUAAUGGGAGAAAACAACCUAGAAACUGAGAGAAUGCCAUCCAAUAAAAAAGAAAGGUGGAAAAAGCAUUAUGCAGUCGUAAAUGGAAAGCUGACAAACACAGGGACUGACAAAGUGCACCCUCCUCUUGAAACGCCUCUGUUUUCAGGCAGUGCCUAUUUUGUGGUCAGUAGGGAGUAUGUGGAGUACGUUCUAGAGAAUGAAAAAAUCCAGAAGUUUAUGGAGUGGGCCAAAGACACAUACAGCCCGGAUGAGUAUCUCUGGGCCACUCUUCAGCGGAUCCCUGAAGUCCCAGGCUCGCUGUCCUUAAGCCAUAAGUAUGACAUGUCCGACAUGCAUGCGAUUGCUAGAUUUGUCAAGUGGCAGUACUUUGAAGGUGACAUUUCCAAGGGUGCCCCCUACCCACCCUGCAGCGGGGUCCACGUUCGUUCUGUGUGCGUCUUUGGAGCAGGUGACUUGAACUGGAUGCUGCGCAUGCACCACUUGUUUGCCAAUAAGUUUGACACGGACAUUGACCUCUUUGCCAUCCAGUGUUUGGAUGAGCAUCUGAGGCAUAAAGCCCUGGAGACGUUAAAACACUGACCAUUUGUUGUAGACAAUUUUAGAAACAAUCAGAAGGAUGCAUGAGAGGUGCCCCCUCUGAUGCUUCUGCCCUGUUAACAAACAUCAGAAAAACUAUAGCAGGUGGGGACUCUUAAUUCUUCAUGUCAGAGAAGCUACAUGGUUUCUGCAGAACACAGUCAGUUAGAAAGGUUCCAGCAUUAAAUGUUGACCUAGAGUUAAUGUGACGCCAGGGCAGGUUGCAAGGCAUUGUCGGGAGAGGUGGCCGGGGAAGAGGCCGAAUAUAAAAACCAGCCUACUGGGGCCGGCCCUGUGGCCGAGUGGUUGAGUUCACGUGCUCCGCUUCGGCAGCCCAGGGUUUUGCAGGCUCGAAUCCUCGGUGCAGACAUGGCACCACUCGUCAAACCAUGCUGAGGCAGCGUGCCACAUGCCACGACUAGAAGGACCCACAACUAAAAAUAUACAACUAUGUACCAGGGGGUUGGGGAGAAAAAGGAAAAAUAAAAAAA